AGGGUGUGCAAACGAUAAGCGAUGGAGCCGCAACAGUCGGAGAAAUUGUCUCUCAGGGAGUGAGUACGCUGGCUCAUACCAUCGCCCCGGAAACUAUUAAUAGCAGCCAAUCAGAAGGCGGAACAGGGGCCAGUACCGCUUCAGGGACGUCGAAAGGAAAGCAAGACACUUCUAAGGGUCUGGAGGUGGCAGAAGAG